ACCAAUCGCAAGGAGUAUUGCUGAAAAGUGCGCUCUGCGCGGGGACGGCGGACUUCUGCUGGGCCCAGGUGAGAAAGGCCCACCUGAGUCUUGGGUGAGAGUGUUGCUUGGUUCUUUGGGGCUAGAGGAAUCCUGAAUUUGUGGAUUAUCCAUAUAUACUUUGAGACAUGCUUUAGAUGUUUUUUUCUGGAAGCCUUGCAUCUGCCCUAAAAAUUGAAUGUAUUGUAGAACAGAUCUAUGGUGAAGCGACUUCCAGUCAUUUGGAAAGGAUGGGAUGAAAAGGAACCUUGGUGAUAAUUUUGAUGUCUGCAAGAUUUAGUACCAGUGUAAUGGGAUUAUCGGUAACACCUUCACUGCAGAAAAAGCCACCUGGCGCUAUAACUGGCAGCAACUGAGAACUAAUCCUUUCCCAUCUCUUGGAUGUCAUUCAUGAAGCUCAAAGCGAUUUCUACCCUGCUAACUGUGAUUAAUUUUAUAAACAACAACAACAAAAAAUCAGUACUACCUUAGAGCCUGUUUGUUCAUUUAUUGAUAUAAAUAAAUGGCCAAUGGUAGCAGAGUCUGCAUAGAACUAUGCUCCGCGGUGUUCUGGGAAAAACCUUUCGACUUGUUGGCUAUACUAUUCAGUAUGGCUGUAUAGCUCAUUGUGCUUUUGAAUACGUUGGUGGUGUUGUCAUGAAAAUGAAGUUGCAGCCCCAUCAAAUGAGUAAGCUAUUCUGUUGGAAGAGAACUCAAGGCACGAACUUGUUGAGAAGAUGUUCUGGACCAUCAAUGGAGCCUACAAUUCAAAAUUCAGAUAUUGUCUUUGCAGAAAAUCUUAGUCGACAUUUUUAUGGUAUCCAAAGAGGUGACAUUGUGAUUGCAAAAAGCCCAAGUGAUCCAAAAUCAAACAUUUGUAAAAGAGUAAUUGGUUUGGAAGGAGACAAAAUCCUCACCAAUAGUCCAUCAGAUUUCUUUAAAAGCCAUAGUUAUGUGCCAACAGGUCAUGUUUGGUUAGAAGGUGAUAAUCUACAGAAUUCUACAGAUUCCAGGUAUUAUGGACCUAUUCCAUAUGGACUAAUAAGAGGACGUAUCUUUUUCAAGAUUUGGCCUCUGAGUGAUUUUGGAUUUCUACGUGACAGCCCUAAUGGCCACAGAUUUUCUGAUGAUUAGCAAGAAUUUAUUGUUCUGAUUUUUCUCUCCAAGUGAAUUUAUUAUUGCCACUGAAACCAUGUACUUACUAAUAAACUAUUUGCUACUUAGUUUUAA